UCAGACUUUAUUAAAUAAAAAUGUUCGAUAUAGCAGAUGACUAUGCAGAUGAAGCAACCCAGACACCUCCGUUCUCAGCAAAGGCAACUCUAGGGUUCUUUCUACCAACGAUCAACAGAAUCAACAAGUACAUUCCAAUUAUCAAAAAGCUGCAGAAAACUCUUCAAAAUCACAACACAGAUAUUCUGGAGCUUAAAUUACGAAACUCUGAUUUUGUAUCAAGCUCCCUUUUCCAAGUGAGGUGUGACCAGAUAGAAAAGAGUGUUGAUAGAAUCUCAUAUCUCCAGAAAGAGGUUAAUUCCUCACAAGGAGCACUUCAGAAUGAGAACCAUGGUGAUGUAGGCUUAAAAGAAACCUAUGUCACUCAGCGCCAGUUCAAGCAACUUGUGGAAAAGGUCAAGGAUCUCGAGAAAGAGUCACAAGAAAAAUGGAAUAGAGAUUAUAAGCAGGAAAUUAUGAAUUUACAAAGAAAUUUUACUCAACUUAAGAAGAACUUUUCAGCACAACUCAAGUCAUCCGAGCAAUCUAUGAAGGAACUCCAAUCUAAGGUAAUUCUCAUGGAAGCACAAAAUAAGUCCAUAGAGGAGAAAUGUGAACAACUUGAUACCAGGAUAGAUUCACAGAAAGUAAUCACUCCAAAAGCAACCUCAGUUAAUCUAGACGAGGAAAGAUUGCAAGAGACAAAUGAAAGGAUCGAUCUUCUCCAAAAGAUGAUUUCAACACCUGAUGAGAUUGACAAAAGGGUUAACGCCAUUAUCAACAGGCUUGGCUUGAUUGGUGACAGUGAUAUGAACAGUCAGAAUGAAAUAGGUGCUUCCUCACCUUCUAAAUCCCCUAGACAGCCCUCACUAAAGAAAUUAUCUCAAAGAGUAGACCAACUUGAGCUGAGCACUUUGCAAAAGGUUCAAGUAGAGACUCCGAAGCCUAAAACUAAGCCCUCGAAAGACACUCAGACUUUCUUUGAGAGGAACAAGAUUCAGGAUAGGGUCAAGAAGUUAGAGAAGCUCCUCCAAGUCUACAGCCAUGAUAUCGAUCUUCUUAAAGCAAGCAAAAUGGCUAAAAUGGACGAGCUCAUGAAUACUAUGCAUGAUUAUAGAAAUACCAAGCUUAGCCUUGAGUCCAAGAUCAGCUCUCUUGUGUCCCAGCUUGACAAGGCCACCUCUCGCUUAACAGACUCUAUCGACUCAGUAAAAUCCCAUGUCGACAGGACGACCCAAAACUUCAUCCAAGAAUUCAACAACCUCAAGCAUGAAAACGAGGGAAUAUUGCGUGAAUUCAAAAGAGUAAUGGAAGAAUACCGCACACUGGUCCAAAAAGUUGAAAUCUCUAAUAACUUCCCUUUCACUGGUGAGCGUACAUCUCGGAAUGCGACUUCUAAAUCCUUGAACAAAAUUACCCUCAGAAGUAACGUAAUGGGUAUGUCCCAAAAGAGUGGGAAGAGGCAUAAGUAUCGGCAGACUGAGUUCAUGGACCCUUUCCAAGAGUGUGAGACUACCAAGGAACGGUAUAAUAAGUCUACAGAUUAUCGCACGUAUUUCAACUCAAAAACUCUAGAUAAGCAAGCUAAUUUGUUUGGGGAGUCUCCGAAGAAGACUAAUAGUUCAUGGAUGAACAAGACUGCUGACCAAGAUUCUCAAAUCAAUGCUUUUAAGAAGAAAUCUCUCAGAAAACUCCAAACUAAAAUCCCUCAAUGGAACAUGAAAGUGGCAUCAUCCAGAAGAACAGAGAAAAGUGGGAGCUCAAGAUUGUACACAGCUGAAUAAGAAAAAAGAUAAAAGAUUGUU